CCGUGGAGCUGUGUGCCUUACGAUGUCGUGAAACUUCGGCCCACCUCAUGGAGAUACGUCAAGCAUGCUGGGCAUCUCCCGAGUCAACAACGCCUUAUGGAAUCUGCCGAUACUUCCCAACGAAUAUAAAGGCUUCCCUUAUACGUAUCGCCGCCCUUUGCUUUUCUUUAUUUUCGAUCCGAGGUUUUCAACUUUCCUGCUAAAUAACCUUUCAUACUAUCGUCGAAUUCUACAACGCCAAGCGAUAGCAGAGGUGUGACAUGUCCAGAUCCCUUGACACAGCAAUGAACUCCAGUCAGGAAAUGGUUGACUGCGGCCAGCAGGAGAUGUCUCAAACUCAAGGUCGGAGCAAAACGAGCCUCGCCUUUAUAAUGAGACAACGCCUGAGACGAGCAUUUUCGAUUAAUAUGAUAUUCAGCCUUCAGCGUCUAACAGAAAAGUGGGUAGCCUCGUUAGAAACCGGACAUUGGCCAUCAACCCGGGGCCAAGGAAGGGCACAUAUUAGUGGAGGCUGCUAUCUUCUUAAACUGCCGACGGAAUUACUCCUACACAUCAUAUCCCAUUUAUCAGAGGUUUCUCGAGCGACCCUUGCCUUGACUUGCAGGAAAUUGUUCCUACUAGAUUAUGCCGUUUUAAACUCAGAAUGCCUGUCUUUCAGUCAUGACUUUGCCCCGCUAUUCAAACACUAUCGCAACGAGUACAACUUAGCAACUCCCCGGUGGGAACUCAUCAAACUUCUACAAAACAGACGCUGGCUCGCUUGUUCCAGAUGCUUACAGCUACAUACGCCGACUUCCUUUCCCCAGCGAGAACGGAAACAUCAGCCUGAAGACAGAGGCUGUAACCUGGGGAGUUUCGCAGGUGUUGUUGACUUAUGUCCAUGCAUCAAGUUGACCUUUCGUGGGAAAAUGAAUCUUGUUGAGCUUCUGCGAGUGCGACAGAAGGCUCUGACAGCUCUGGCCACACAAUUUGGUGCCGGUGCCAGGGAACCCUUCUGCUGGCACUCUUGUACCAUGAACUACGGAUCGUCGAAAAUCAAGAUUCGGAUCUUACCAGACCUGGACGAGAACGAUGUGCUGAAGGUCAGAGUGGAAUACCAGUUAGCAAUCAAAGCAGGGCAGCUGGGAAAGGAGGAUUCUAUGAUACCCCGUCUGGGAUGUGCACAUCGGGCGGUCGAUCUGUGGCUCGCCAGCGUCUGUAACACGUAUGGGGACUUUGGCUGGACGCCGUCGCAUGUAUCGACCUGCAGUCUAUGCAAUAGCACUUUGACAUGUCUCCGGAAAGGGCCGUUACGUGUGGGGGAGGGGUCAGGACAAGCAGUAUACGACUUUUACGUCGAGAGAUGCCUCGGGAUUGGAAAUCUGUCUGUUCCAGACGACCAGUGGGCUUGUCAGAGGAGCCAUCCUGUAGGGGACCGGAGAGCUGUCGGUGAUUGCGACGAACGCUGCCCCUGGAGUCCUCACAAAUAUCACUUCCGCUCAUAGUUGACGUGUUCGACAUGCGCACAUAUCAUCCACGGGGUGGAGUAUUGACCCCAGACUCUGCGAGAUGUGUUCCUAGAUCACCGCGCCCGUUUGAAAUUCGUCGAGGCCAUCCUCUUACUAGUUGCCGAUGCUCCCUAAAUUGCAGAAACGGUGCGGCCUCUUCGAUGCCGGAGGAUUUCCAUAUUGAGCCUGAUGUGCAAGGAACAGCUGAGGCAAUUCGAAAUUGGUUCCAAAAUAAUCUAUUCAACGCAGGGGCUUCGGCCCCAUUUAUCAUGAGUUACGAAAAGAUCUAGUCUGGAAUAUCAAGCAUAUGGAAUGAUGUACAAGACAACAGUGAUGCCAUGGAAUCAAGAUGGGAAACAGUUACAAAAGGAGUAACCCUAACUUCUUGAUUAAGAAAUAGACCUGAUAAUAACUUUAUUUUUUGAGUAGCAUGUACUUCCUAAUACAAGAGAGAAAUGGAUAUAUAAAGCGCCGAAUUGCCUUGAAAAAUAUUAAGAAAGCUAUAAGCUUAUACGGCAUUUAAGGCCUACUUUACCUGACA